AUGAGCCAAUCUGAACCUAAUCCAUUAUUUGUAUUCACUACAAUUGCAUCCAUCAUCAUUGGAUUCAUUGGACUUUACUUCCUUAGACAAUCUAAAAAGAAUGGACCAGUAUUAGAUAAAGUUGAAUUCAAGAAAUUCCCUUUGAUCGAAAAAGUUAGAAUUUCCCAUAAUACCAAUAAAUAUAGAUUUGGUUUACCUAAACCAUCUGAUAGAUUAGGUUUACCAAUUGGUCAACAUUUAGUUAUUGGAGCUACUAUUAACGAAAAGGAAAUCACCAGAUCUUAUACCCCAAUUUCUCAUGAUUAUGAAUUAGGAUACUUUGAUUUGAUUGUUAAAACUUAUGAAAAGGGUAAUAUUUCUAAAUUAUUACAUAACAAGAAGAUUGGUGAAACUAUUGAUGUUAGAGGACCAAAAGGUUUCUUUGAAUAUACUCCAAAUAUGGUUAAAUCUUUAGGUAUGAUUGCUGGAGGUACUGGUAUUACACCAAUGUAUCAAAUUAUUACUGCUAUUUUAAGAAAUCCUGAAGAUAAGACCAAAGUUUCUUUAGUUUAUGCUAAUGUUACUGAAGAAGAUAUCUUAUUAAAAGCUGAAUUAGAUAAAUUAUUACAAGAUCAUAGUGAUCAAUUACAAUUAACUAUUCAUUAUGUUUUAAAUGAAGCUCCUGAAAAUUGGAAAGGUUCUGUUGGUUUUGUUACUCCUGAAAUUAUGCAAAAACAUUUACCUGCACAUUCAAGUGAUAAUUACUUAUUAUUAUGUGGACCACCACCAAUGAUUUCUGCUAUGAAGAAAGCUGCCGUUGAAUUAGGUUAUCCAAAGGCCAAACCUGUUAGUAAAUUAGGUGAUGCUAUCUUUGUUUUUUAA